AAUUGCAUCAUCGUUAUUUUGACACUUGGUGCUCCAGCUGUUUACAUAGAUUUCACCACCACGCUUCUAUUUAGGCCUCUAAAACCACAUUAACGAGUGGACCCGCAACAUUACACGAGGACAAUGUCGCUCCAGAAGGACGUUUCACCAGACGAGAGUCUGCAAGGUUCCUGGGUUGAGCUGCAUUUCUGUGGCACUGGCUCUCAGUGUAGUCAUCAUGGAAGCCAGGAGCAAAUCUCUACACCACCCAUCCAGGAGGAGGGUGACGUGGAGAAAAUGCUGCUUGACGCACAGCACGAGUCAGGCAGGAACAGCUCCAAAGGAAGCUCCUUGUGCAACAGCCCACUUAGGGCCCAGACCCCCCUUCUUCUGUGGAGAGGAGGCUCAGAUGCAAACAGCUCACAGUCAGAUGAAGACUUCCAAGAAAGAAGACAGGAAGUAGAGAACGUGAUGAAGAAAAAUGCUGACUGGAUCUGGGACUGGUCUAGUCGACCCGAGAACCAUCCACGCAAGGAGUUCCUGCUGAAGCACCCUAAGCGCUCGACCCCUCUCAGCAUCAGGAACACCAGCGUCAUGAAGAAGGGAGGCGUUCUCUCCGCUGACUUUCUGAAGCUUUUCCUCCCUUCAUUAAUCAUUUCUCACAUACUUGCUGUUGGCCUAGGGAUAUAUUUUGGGAAGCGUCUAACCUCCCACAACACCUACUAAGUAGGCAGGCGGCGUGUCGACACCCCGUCACCUCGACGUGACCAUCUUGGCAUGCCUUAAAGCGGGACCUUCUGAUGAUCGAGGGAGAUGUGGAAAUGUGACAAGGUCCAAUUUGAUUGAGUUUGCUCACGCCAGUGUGGAGAGUUCAGGAUUGGUCAUUGCUGUUUCAUGGUGAACACAUCAGUGACCAAUCCUGUGCUCCGUGCUGUUAUCUCUGUCCUGGCCUGGAGAUGACUGUUUUGCUGCUUCCUGCUCCUUAAAUCUGCAUGUUAGGGAACUGAUAUAUUGUGUACGCCAUUGCCUUUUUUCGUUUUGCAAUGAGAAAUCACUUCUGAUUUAAAAUGAUACUGUAUACUAUCAUUUUUUUUUUUAGAUCAGCUAUGAGUUGAAGCUAUGAAAAGAAAUUGUUUUGACUUGUAAAUUUGUAUUUUUUUUGUCCACGGGAUCAUUAGCUUAGUGAUUGCAUCUAUUACUGAUUGCUUGAUUUGUGCAAUUGUAAAUUGUGAUUAUAAGAAAGCAUUAUUAAAGACUGAAUAUGGUCCAUUUUGUUCAUCCUACUCAAAAUAAAAAAGUUGGAAAUACA